UAAGAAGCCAGAACCAUGAAUCUCUCUGAUAAGAAACGUAGAUGACCUAUGUCUAUGUGGGUUCUCUGGAUCCACUCAAUUUCCCUCGCACUCAGAUUCUGACACACGUGUGAUUUCUCUAUACAGAACUGCCUUCAAUACGAACUAGCCUUUCAGCCUUCGUCCUUUCUUUGUUUUUCUUCAUAGCCUCUGAAGAUAGUGGUAUUCUUCUUCCUUUGCCGCUUUCUGCUGAUCAGUUUAAAGACAAAUUUAGCUUAUUUUCCAUCUGGGUUCUUGAUUUGAAAGUGAAACUCGCUGCUUUUUGUUUCUGGGUCUGACUUAACGAUCCAGAGCCUGGAUUUUGCUGCCAAAAUCUGGCUUGCUUGUGGGUGCUCUUCCAAUGCUUCAUUCGAGCGCUGUUCUGUGAGAAAUUAUUCCGAGGUGAAUUCUAGAGUUUGGGCCAGAGGCUAUGGAGCUCGUAAAUCCGCUUGCUGUAGGCGGGGUAACACUCAAUGUCGAGUUUCUUCGAUGAAGACGGUGGAGCCUGAGCCCGCGGUAAAUGGGAGAACUAAAUAUAGUCAAGACCUUUCAACAGGAUUGGACUUGAAGAAUUUCUCAGAAACCCCCAUUUCUCCUGCCAAAUUGUUUGAGGUGGUUGCUGAUGACCUACUAACUCUCAACAAAAACCUCAAGUCGAUUGUUGGUGCAGAAAAUCCUGUUUUGAUGUCUGCAGCCGAACAGAUCUUUAGUGCCGGUGGGAAGAGGAUGAGACCAGCUCUGGUUUUCUUGGUUUCAAGAGCCACAGGAGAACUAGUUGGAAUGAAGGAACUUACCAUGAAGCAUCGGCGAUUAGCAGAAAUAAUUGAAAUGAUUCAUACUGCCAGUUUGAUACAUGAUGAUGUAUUAGAUGAGAGCAACCUACGAAGAGGGAAGGAAACUGUUCAUCAACUGUACGGGACAAGAGUGGCAGUUCUGGCUGGAGAUUUCAUGUUUGCUCAAUCUUCCUGGUAUCUCGCUAACCUCGAAAACCUUGAGGUUAUUAAACUUAUCAGCCAAGUGAUUAAAGAUUUUGCCAGUGGUGAAAUAAAGCAAGCCUCUAGCUUGUUUGAUUGUGAGCUACAACUAGAAGAAUAUCUUAUCAAGAGCUAUUACAAAACGGCUUCCUUGAUCGCUGCCAGUACAAAAGGUGCUGCGAUAUUUAGUGGUGCUGACAGCAGCAUCACUGAGAAAAUGUAUGAAUAUGGUAGAAAUCUUGGCCUGUCCUUCCAAAUUGUGGAUGAUAUAUUGGAUUUCACACAAACUUCAGAGCAACUGGGAAAGCCUGCAGCCAGUGACCUUGCCAAAGGCAACCUGACCGCACCCGUGAUCUUUGCUUUGGAGAGAGAACAAAAGCUGAGGGAUAUCAUUGAGUCCGAAUUCAGCGAGACCGGUUCCUUCAAUGAGGCCAUUGCCUUGGUUAAGAGCUCUGGUGGCAUCGAAAGAGCUCAAGAGCUGGCAAAAGAAAAAGCUGAUAUCGCGAUUCAAAACAUCCAGUGCCUUCCUCAGAGCACAUACCGUUUAGCUCUGGAGAAUAUGGUGGCGUAUAAUCUUCAAAGAAUUGCAUAAGCCUGUGGUAUGGCGAAACACGGACUGUUAAAAGCAUUGUUGUGUGGUAAUGCACAAGAGAAAAAAGCUUCAAGAAUUUUCCAGCAAAUAUGUCAAGCCUUUCCUGAUACAGAGGUAGUACUAGUAAUAUAUACGUAGUUGGAGAUAGUAAGCAACCACACCUCCUCAUCACAUUGUAUAUUUUGCAGCUUCCUGCUAUUUAAGUUGCCAGGAAAAUAAGAUAAUCCCAUUGUUGUAUCAUAACACUACUUACUGCAUUAUAUUCUUUUCCAAAUUUUUCUUUAUUUGGAUCUAGAAAGAAAAAGACUUAAGAAAUA